AUGGUUGAACCGGCCGGCGAUCCAUCCAUGUUGUUCGAGUCGCCUCACAAUGGCGCGAGCCAGAGAGCUUCCCUGAUAGAGCAGUCUGUCUCUUGCUUGUACGAGAGGAACAUCGUCCAGAAUCCGACGACGGCGCGCAUGCUGUUGAUGUUCCUGCGCGAUUUCGUCGACUCCCAGGCCAUCUACUCGCCAUGGCCCCAGCCUUGCUUCUGCCCCAUGAUGAAGUGCCGCGAGGCCUUCACGGAGCCCCUGAGCCUCAUACAGCACCUGCUCUUCUGCCCGGAGCUCUCACAGGGCGAGUUCGAGUGCUGGAAGUGCCGCCGCUGCCACGAGUUCCCCACGGAUGAGAAGGGCUGGGCCGAGUGGUCGGGCUGGACGCCGCACCGCAUCGACGACUGCCCCAGGACCCCGAUCGGCGGCGGUCCCGAGAACGAGUUCGCGGCGCUGUCGCCCGCCGACUUGACCAAAGCCUUCCUGGAGGGGUCGUCCGUCAGCGACAAGUCGCCCGUGUCGACCUGGGACCAGCUCUCGAACCCAUCCAUCCCGUCGCAGCUCGGGAGUCCAGGCGUCUUCGCCAGCCCGGCCCAAGGCUCCGAGGCGCCGCACACACUUGGGCUUGGCACACCGUCACACCCGCCUUCGGCGCUGGGUGACCUCCAGAGGACCGACUGCGCAGCGUGGACGCCGAGUUCGAUCGCAGACACCCUCAUCGCCGACAGCGGCAUCGACUGGUCCGGCUUCGGCACGGAUAACCUCGGCCUCCUGCCCUCGCCCAGCAUACAGCAGAUCCAAUCACAGCUCGGCUCCCCUUCGGCCACGGAGCCGGAAGAGGCUCCGCCGAGCACCCAGCCGGCUCAGCCGGCUCCGCCCGGGCACAUGCACGGCGCCGCCGCCGCUGCGGGAGCUUUCCCGUAUUCCGAGCCGUCGCCGUUCGCACCGCCGCCGUCCAUGUACAGCGUGGGCGGCUUCAUCGCCAUGUCGCGGACGUCGUCGGUCACGGGCCGCGGGCACACGCACUCGGCAUCCACCUCGCCCUUCUGGUCGUCGCGCCACGGCCAGCCGCCCUUUGCGACCAUCCGCAACUCGAGGUCCCUGGUGCCCCGGAAGCGAAGCAGGGCGAGCUUCGCGACGAGGCAGCCGGGCGGCUCCGCGCCGUCCAUCUCGUCCCCGCCAAACCCGAGGUCGGCGUCGAUCCCCGAGAUCGGCUCCGCCUCGUCGCUCGGCGCGGCUAGUAUGUCCCCGGUGGGCGGCCCUCUGCGGCCGAACCGCUUCUCGUCGCAGAGCGCCACUUCGUUCGAGGACUUUAUCAACUUCAACACGAGCCCUGUGGCGAGAGGGAUGCCGGAAGGAGGCCGGAAUCCACCUCCAGAAGCACCAGACAUCGCGCCCCGGGGCGUCCGCAGCCCGUUUGCCCAGGCGGCGGCGGCGGCGGCGGCGGACGACCUCGCGUCGCCGCUCCAGUCGGACGCCAUCUCGAUGGACACGACGCUGGCCGAGUCGACGGCGGCCGAGGACGACGACAACAACGAGGGCGGCGAGCUCAGGUGCGACCUCUGCGACUGGAAGCCCCGCGGCGUCAAGGAGAACCUCAAGGGCUACCUGCGCAAGCACAAGAACAACCACCGCGGCCUGCGCUACCCCUGCGAGAUCGCCGGCUGCAAGAAGACCUUCAGCCGGCUCGACAACCUGAAGAAGCACAUCAAGGACAAGCACGGCAUCGACGUCACAACCGCCACCACCACCACCACCACCGCCGCCGCCGGCAUCGGCGGCGGGCCAGCUGCGGCGGCCAUCCCUGUGAAGAAGGAGGAGUUCGCGACGGAGGGUCUCGGCCUCGGCGCGGAGGCUGCGGGGCCGGAGAUGAUGGUCAUGACGAUACCGCAGAGGCCGAGGGAGGACGACGGCGUGGGAGGCGGCCUCGGCGGCGGCACUGCCGAGCAAGGCGGGCAGGCCAAGAUGCUGCCGCAGCACACGAUGCUGUGGCAUCUCAACCUCUCAUAG